CAUAUCAUGUUCGAAUCGAUAUUUUACGCCUAGGCUUUGAUCACCCUCUGACAAUUUCGGUAAUUUCCGAUAUCUCCACAUUUGACAUGCAUAAAUAUAAGUUUACGUAUUGUCACCUUCAUGAGUGAAUGCCAAUUGCUAGCUUCUGCAUUAUAAUCAGCAAGCAUUGGUACCCAGUAUUACUAUUCGAUUUUCCGCAUAACAUUUGUUCAUAAUAUAAAUAAAGUCGAAAAAUGCACUGAAUGGCAAUGAGAUGGAAGUAAAUAUGUAGAUGCAAAGUCUGUUUCUGAAGUAAAGGUGUAUAGGGAUUUAUUAUUCAACCGGGCUUAAAAUACCUUCAUUUAGGUGCUAUAAAAAGCCUGCGACACUACAAGAAAUUAUCAAACAUUUACUUAUACUUACUCCAAAAACACCCAAACGAAAACUAUUUAAAAAUGUUCAAAUACGCCGCUGUUCUCUUCGCAGUAAUUGCCUGCGCCACCGCCAAACCCGGUCUCCUUGCUGCCGCUCCAUUUGCUUACGCUGCUCCCGCCGCUGUGGUUGCCGCUCCAGCUCCCGUUGUUACCGCCACCAGCAGCCAAGUGAUCGCUCGUAACUACAAUGGCUUCGCCACUGCACCAGUUGUUGCCGCAGCCCCCGUGGUAGCCCGUUAUGCCGCCGCUGCUCCUUUGGUUGGAGCUCAUUAUGCCGCCGCGCCUUUGGCUACAGCUCUAUGGUAAAUGUUGCUGAAAAGUUAAAAUAAACGGAACUCGAUAUAGAAAAAUAUAAAGGGUGUCAUAAUCUAGCUUAAGAAAUUCUAUAAUAUAGAAGUAAAAGUAGUGUUA